AUGGCAAUUUUUAGAUCAAAAUCUUCAAAUAAAACAGAUCAAAUGGAUUUUAAAAUAACUGCAAAAGACGAAGAACAUUAUAAAAUGCAUACUGCAAAUGUUCAUGAUCCAAUUUUAACUGCUGUUAAUGAAUCACAACCUUUUGAACAAGCUGCUCAACGUGAUAAUAGACGUCCAUCUUAUUUAAGUCAUGAUUCUGCUGAUUUAAAAGAUAUUUUUGGUCAACCUAUAAGACAAGGUGAUAUGUCAAAUCCAACAAGAAAUAGAAAUGAAAGACCUUUAGAUACAAUUAGAGGUUUUGAAUAUGCUAUAACAGGUGAUGUAAGUUAUAGAGAUCAAUUAGAAUCUUCUAGACUUGGUUGGGGUUUUCAUGAAGAUUUUCCUUUUCAUAGUUUAAAUGGUCAAACUAGAGAACAAGAAUAUAAUAAUUUAGGUUCUACUGGAAGACCUGUUAUAAAUUUUGAUGAUCAACCAGUUUAUCAAGCUGGCAAUUAUUCUGCUUCGAGUUUACAAGCUGAUGGAGAUAAAAAGAAAACUAAGAAAAAAAGAGGUUUCUUUGGUAGAAAGAAAUAA